AAGUGGUUUAUUUUAUAAAAAAGAUAAAUAAAUAUUAAAAAAUAUAUUUUGCUUUAGUUAUUAAAAAAAAAACAAAACAAAUAGAAAUGAAAAGUUUAAAUCAGUUUACAACGAGUAUAAUACUUGCCGCCUUGACUUUAGUGGCCUGUGUGGUACGGGCCGAGUUUCUGUUUUCGGUGCUGCAUGAUAUUACUUCGUCGAAAUAUAAUGGGGAUCGAGAUAUGGUGAUAAAUAUUAUAUUGGUUAUAAAUAUGGUGGUUUAUUUAAUCUUGGCCAUAUUUUGUUUGUUAUUAAUGUAUGCCAUAGUGCAGAAAAACCACCUGCUGAUGACACCCUGGUUAUUUGUGGCUCUACUGAGUGUUAUUUGCGAAGUGAUAUUUAUCAUUUAUAUUUUGGCUUCGGGUCAUAAGAAAGCGGUGUUAAUUUUACUAAUUGGAACUGCUCUAAGUCUUUGGAUUAUAUGGGUGAUAUUCUCUUUAUAUAGAAAACUACGUCAGGAAGCUCUUGUUAAUAGAGAUGAAAAUAUCCGCGGAUAUCGUUUAUCGGCUAAUACUAUGGAAGUGUAUUGAAAUUGUUAGAUUUUUAAUAAUUAAUAAAUUAAAUAAAGCUUUAGAUUCAAAUUCUGA